CAAAUGCGGAAAUUCACCAAAGAUGAUCAUUGUGUGCAAAUGCUGAACAGGGAUAGUUCAAUUAUUACAGAAAUGAGAGCUUGAGCUUGUACUCUCAUAGGUACUCAUCCACUUCAUUUGCCAUUGAAAAUAGAAAAGAAGAAAAGGGGAAAAGGAAAAGAGGAAAAAGAAAGAAAGAAAGAUAGAAAGAAAGAAAGAGAGAAUACAAGGAAACAAAAGGAGCAAAGGAGAUGACACAUGCACAUUGAGUUUUUGCUUCCCCACAAGCUUUUUUGGAGGAACUGGGUCUGAGUUUCAAUCUAUCUCUACUUUCUCCUCAUCGUUCACUCUGUAAUGGAGACAUGAUCAUGAUAAAGAUUCCUCAACCUUUACCAUGGUGGAUCUUCAGCAGGAGGGUAUUGCACCUACCACUGUUAAUAUGUCUUCUAAGAAGAAGGAACUUCUUUCCACAGCCAUGAAGAGAACAAGUGAAUGGAUUUUCUCCCAAGAGAUUCCCAGCGAUGUCACUGUGCAUGCUGGAGAAGUUUCCUUUUCAUUGCACAAGUUUCCACUAGUUUCAAAGUGUGGGUACAUAAGGAAAUUGGUAUCAGAGUCUAGCGAUGCUGAUCUUUCUGUGAUAGAAGUGCAUGAUGUUCCGGGUGGGGCAGAAGCAUUCGAACUUGCAGCAAAGUUUUGUUAUGGAAUAAAUUUUGAGAUAAGCACAGAAAACAUAGCUAUGCUUCGAUGUGUGGCAGAGUAUCUGGAGAUGACAGAGGAUUAUUCUGUGGGAAACCUAGUGGGAAGAGCAGAGGCUUACUUGAAUGAAGUGGCACUUAAGAGCCUUGCAGGAGCAGUUACCAUUUUGCAUCUGUCUGAAGUUCUCCUCCCAAUGGCUGAGAAAGUAAAAGUGGUGAGCCGAUGUAUAGAUGCAAUAGCAUAUAUAGCCUGCAAGGAAAGCCAAUUUAGUAUGUCAGGUAGGGUGGAGAGUGGGACUGAUCUUCUCAAUUCUUCAUUAGUAUCUCACCCAAAGCACAUUGUAGAUUGGUGGGCUGAAGAUUUAAUUGUUCUUAGAAUCGACAUCUUCCAAAGGGUUCUAAUUGCAAUGAUGGCCAGAGGGUUUAAACAAUAUGCACUUGGUCCAAUACUCAUGCUAUAUGCACAAAAAUCCCUUCGGGGUUUGGAAGUAUUUGGAAAGGGGAGGAAGAAAAUUGAACCAAAGCAAGAACAUGAAAAACGGGUUAUUUUAGAGACAAUAGUGAGUCUUCUACCAAGAGAGAAGAAUGCCAUGUCAGUUAGCUUUCUUUCUAUGCUGCUUCGUGCUGCAAUAUAUCUUGAGACAACGGUUGCUUGCCGGCUUGAUUUAGAGAAGAGGAUGGGCUUGCAACUAGGACAAGCUGUCUUAGAUGAUCUCUUGAUUCCUUCGUUUUCCUUUACCGGGGACUUGUUGUUUGAUGUAGACACCGUUCAGAGAAUUAUGAUGAACUAUCUUGAGUGUGAAACUGAUGGAAACCCUUUCAGUUACAAUGCAGAUGAGGAAUAUGUUUCUCCUCCUCCAAGUGACCUGGAGCGGGUGGGGAAGCUCAUGGAGAGCUAUCUUGCUGAAAUAGCCUCAGACCGGAACUUAAAUGUUUCAAAGUUCAUCAGUCUUGCUGAACUACUCCCAGAACAAUCCAGGGUGAAAGAGGAUGGGAUGUAUAGAGCCAUAGACAUCUACUUAAAGGCUCAUCCUUCUUUAAGUGAUAUGGAGAAAAAGAAGGUCUGCAGCUUGAUGGAUUGCCAGAAGCUAUCUCGAGAGGCCUGUGCUCAUGCUGCUCAGAAUGAUAGGCUACCGGUUCAAACUGUGGUUCAAGUGCUUUACUAUGAGCAACAACGCCUGCGAGAUGUUAUGAAUGGCAGCCUCAUGGGUGGGGAAUCCCCUGCUAUUCCACCCAAAUCGAAUCUAUUCUCCAAUGAUCUCCACCCGGUUUCAGAUGAGCUCUUGAGCUUAAGAAGGGAAAAUGAGGAUCUCAAACUAGAGCUCAUGAAAAUGAAAAUGAGAUUGAAAGAAAUUGAGAAAUCAGCCGUUCCAUCAGGAGUUCCAACUUCACUUCCAUCAGCAUAUUCAUCAAUACUUCAAUCUGCAGCGAGCAGUCCAAGAAACACCCCGCCAUCUGCUGAUAAGCCUCCUUUGCCUCGAAAAUCAUUUAUGAACUCGGUGUCAAAAAGACUUGGGCGCCUUUACCCCUUUGUGCGUGCUGAUGGAGUAGCUCCUGAUGGCAAAGCUCGGACGAAACCCAGCAGAGACAGGCGGCAUUCAAUAUCUUGAAAUGCUGGUUAUCUCUCAGGUCUUUAUAGUGCUUUGUGAAGAAUGUAUCAUCUUUGUUUCAUUGUCUCUGAAAGAUUGAGAAGACUACUAGUUGGCGUAUGUUUUUUGUUUCCUCCCUCUUCCUUGUGUGAUAUUCUUGUAAAUUAUAUUCCUUUUAUGGUAUAUAAAUUCAAAGGCUGGUGAAUAAACAAAGUGACAUAACUGAGGAUAUCAUCACCUGGACUGUGAUCAUUCUCCUUGUAUCAAGGACUGGUAGAUUUUUGGGUCUACUCUACCAAACUGAAAUGGAACUUUAUGUGCCGCUGAGUUCAUUAUUGAAGCAAAA